AAUUGUUAAACCACUUCGUUCAUAACAACACGUGACCUCCUCCCUUGAUGUUUUGCUUCAAGUAUUCAGAUAAAUAAUUGAGGAUCAACCGGAGAAAGAGAAUUCAACUUACAUUCUAAUAGUGCUUCAAAGAAAGUUCAAUGAAUAGAUUCCUUGUUCUAGUUCUUGGGCUUUUGGCCGUUUCUGCAGCCAGAAAACGAUAUGAACCAAACUGGGAGUCCUUAGACAAACGCCCUUUACCCGAUUGGUAUGAUAAACAAAAGAUUGGAAUUUUCAUACACUGGGGCGUAUUUUCCGUUCCUUCUUUCUCGUCUGAAUGGUUUUGGAACUGUUGGAAUUCAGGUCGCAAAAGUUGUGUUGAUUUUAUAAAAAAUAACUACAGGCCAGACUGGACUUAUGCUGAUUUUGCAAGAGAUUUUACAGCCGAAUUCUAUAAUGCAACGGAAUGGGCCAAACUUUUUGAAGACGCUGGAGCUCAUUAUAUUGUCUUUGUCUCUAAACAUCAUGAAGGAUUUUGCAAUUGGCCAUCCAAGUACUCUUUUAACUGGAAUUCAAUGGCAGUUGGACCCAAGCGAGAUUUAGUUGGAGAAUUAGCUGAUGCUGUUAGGAAACAUACUAAAAUGCAUUUUGGAGUCUAUCAUUCGAUGUUUGAAUGGUAUAAUCCACUUUAUGAACAGGAUAAGGCAAACGGAUUUAGAACGAGAGAUUUCGUGACCACGAAAACGCUUCCAGAGCUAUAUGAGUUAGUUAAUAAAUAUAAGCCGGAUGUCAUUUGGUCUGAUGGAGAAUGGCAGGCUUCCUCUGAAUAUUGGAAGAGUCCAGAGUUUAUUGCUUGGCUUUAUAACGAUUCUCCAGUUAGAGAUACAGUUGUAGUAAACGAUAGAUGGGGAAAUGAAACAAGAUGCAAACAUGGAGGUUUCUGGGAUUGCAGUGAUGCAUACGAUCCGGGUAAACUUCAAGGGCACAAAUGGGAAAAUAAUUUUCCACUAGAUAAGUCAGCUUGGGGAUAUAGGAGAACUAUGAAUCUAGACUCAAUUCAUUCCAUUGAAUCAGUACUAACUUUGUUGGCAAGAACAAUAAGUUGCGGUGGGAAUUUUCUCGUAAAUGUGGGGCCAACCAAAUCUGGAAAAAUUAUACCAAUUUUUGAAGAGAGAUUAAGACAGUUUGGAAGUUGGAUGAAAGUGAACGGAGAGGCAGUUUAUGAAACAUUCCCAUGGAAGCAUCAGAAUGAUUCUCUUAAUAAAGAUGCUUGGUACGUUGCCAGGAAAAUGGAUCAACAAACUAACGUUUAUGUUUUUAUUUUGAAAUGGCCAGCAAAUGGAAAAUUGAUUUUGGGUAGUCUUUCAUAUACCUCAAGGAUGUCGAUAAGUAUGUUGGGUUAUAAAGGCUCAAAAACGUUUAGCUGGACGAGGAAUCCAACAGGUGGAGUCGCCGUGAACAUGCCGGCUCUCUCCCCCACAGAAAUCCCCUGUAAAUGGGCUUGGGUGUUAAAGUUGAGUAAUAUCGAAGACGAUAAAUUUGGAGGGAUUAAGAGAAUUUCUAAUGAAUGAGAUUAAAGCGUUUUAUUAUUAAAGUUAAAAAAUCUCUUUCCUACAUUUAUGUGAUAUUCUAUCUAUCUGUUAUAACAAGCUACAAUUUUAUUUUCAAAACUUAUGUUUAUUAUUCUUUUGCAAACAAACUUUUUUCUUAUCAAUAACAAAGACUUGUCUAUUAGUUUUCUUGCAAACAAUGAUUGACCUUUUGAAGACAGUUUAUUGUUCACAUCACUUUAUAUCAAGUCUAUGAAUAUUCAUAAUAAAUUUAAAUCUACUACAUUAUAAAUAAGUAUAGCUGUCCGCACGAACAUUAAAAUAGAUUAGCACGUAUAAAACUAUGAUAAUCAAUGUCGAAUAUUCGUUUUUAUGCUGGUAAUAAACUUUUAUAGCUUUUAUAGCAAACAUAUAGAUGAUGGGGAAGGGCGGGAGGGGGUGAAAGAGAAAAAAGAGAAAAUCGUAGGAGUCUCCUCUUUUUGUUAAACAUUACCUAUUGUUCUCUUUCAAUUUUCAUAACGUAAAAAAUCAGCGUGAGGAAUUUUCGAUAAUAAUAAUUGUCAGUCACGAAAAAAAAUUUGAUUAAUGGAAAUAAAAUGAAAUAUAAUACUUAAAAGGAUA